AGGAAGGGUCGCGAUUUACCAACGCAUGUUGUUUUUUGGGGUUCAGCCUCUCUGACGGUUCGAACGUUUCAUAGAAUAGUGUGUUCCGUAACUCACCAUCAUGACUUCAGCAGCAGAAUCUGAAUUGUUCGAAGAAUUCUAUUCAUGGAGAAUGGAAGAUUCCCCCGAGCUUGCCACAAUGGUCGGCGACCACAGAUACGACGACAAGCUCGAGAGCUAUGACUUGACCACCUUCGAAGCACGAAGACAGAAGGUCGAGUCGCUUCUCCGCCGAGCGAAAGAUAUUCGCGCCGCCCUGACAUCCGUCAACAUCGAAGUUUUCAUCGAGAUGCUCCAAGCGUAUCUAGAUGGACACAAAACUAUGUCCUACGUAUUUCCUCUGUGCCGCAUGGAAGGAAUACACGUGGAUCUGAUCCAGACCGUAUCGUAUAUGAAGUUCGAGAACGAAGAAGAUUUCGACAAGCUCGCGCGACGACUGGAAGCGGCUGUUGAGCAGAUUGACGGCAUAAUGUCCGUUAUGACCCUCGGUAUAAAGCACAAACUGACCAUGCACUCAGUAUCGAUGGAAAAGGUGGCAGAAGCAAUCAAACGUCUGGCGACUACCGAUCCUACGGGGACCAUGUAUUACAGACCCGUUCAAGAAUACAAGGGAGAACUGUCCGAUGGAAUUAAACAGAAGCUUGUCAAAAGUAUUGAAAAGCUUCAAGCUGCUCUCGACAAGCUAGCCGUGUUUGUUGAAAACAUUUACGUGCCAUCAUGCAGGCCUGAUAUAGACAUUGUUUCGGUUGGCGGCGAAGCUUACUAUCAGCAGUGUUUGAAUUUCCAUCUCGGCUGUGUGAUGACACCCCAGGAGGUCCACGAUAUCGGACUUCGAGAAGUUGAACGCAUCAAUGGCGAAAUACUAAAAGACAUCAAAAACAGGGGUUCGACGCUCACCCCGAAGGAAUACGGCGACCAGAUGCGCGAAGAUCCGAAGUUCCUACUCAACAGUGCGGAAGAUAUCAAGAAACGAUAUGAGGAGAUCCUUGAAGAGAGGAUUCAGCCUCAAUUACACAGAUAUUUCCGGAAACUACCCGAGGCAAAACUGAGGCUCGUCCUCGUGGACGAAUCCCGGGCUGCCGGACCCGCCGCUUUCUACAUUCAGGGUUCGAUGGACGGCUCACGACCGGGAACAUUCUACAUCAACGGAUGCGAUCCUCAUCGGACUCCCUCGUACAUUCUGCCAGCAUUGGCACUUCACGAAGCGAACCCGGGCCACCAUCUGCAAGGAUCAAGGAUGUUGGAAACUCCGGAUCUGCCGAAAUUCAGACUCCUGAUGGAAGAUCGAAAAUAUUCCGAAAUGCCGACCCAUUUUCCAAUCCACACAGCAUACACCGAGGGUUGGGGUCUGUAUUGCGAGUACCUGGGUCACGAAAUGGGUGUCUAUAGAGACGCUCAUGAAAGAUACGGUCACUACUCGCAAGAGUUGCUGAGAGCUUGUCGAUUGGUCGUAGACACGGGAAUGCACGCUUUCAAGUGGCCGCGUGAGAGAGCCAUCGCUUACUUGGAGGAGAACACUGGGGCAACCCACGCAGAAAUCGUCUCCGAGAUCGACCGAUACAUCAGCUGGCCAGGCCAGGCGUGCGGCUACAAGAUCGGUGAAAUCGAGUUGAAGAGGCUGAGGAGCGAAGCUGAAAACAUCUUGGGCAACAAAUUCGACAUCCGAGACUUCCAUGAAGUGGUAAUGAAUAAUGUCGGUACCAUGGCAUUCCUUGGAAAAGCUGUGGACCAUUACAUCAAAACAACUUCAGCUCUUUGAUAAUUCGAUAGUCUUUUGCUUUACCCAGCGGCCAAAAGGAAACUGGCGGGUGUCGUGAGAUAAUUCACGGAUGAUCCGAAUAAACUUGCUAAAUGCUGCUUAUACAU